AUGAGUUUAAUUUUAAAGAAUAACAUAGUUUUUCCAAUUUUUAAACAUCGUGAGACAUUUACUUAUCAAAAUAGAUAAAAAUCGACCCAUAUUCCUUAAAGAGUUGAUACUUCUUCUCCAAUAAAUCGUUUAGCAUCUCCUUAAUGCAAAACUAUUAAUUUAACUCCUUCAAGAGAAUAGAUUAUUUAAAUUAGUCCUAGAAAUAAAUAAAAUAGUUUUAUAACUCCAAAACCUAUUCGAAAUGAAUAGCAUCAUAGUCUAUAAUGUUAUUUAGAUCAUUUAAAUAGUAUGAGUGUAUUAAAAUCUCCAAAAAGUAGAAAUUUAUGAAUAAAAAAGGAGAAAUACCAUAAUCAAUUGAUAACAGGAUUAUUUUACAAAGAGUAAAAUCAAUAAAGGAAUAAACAAAUAAAAAAAAGAAAGUAAGUUUAUUAGAAACAGUUCAUAAUCCAAAUGCUUCACAAUACAAAAGAUUUACAGAACAGCUUUACAAUUUAAUUCAUAAUCUUCAUUAAUUAAAAGUAUAACUUAUUAAGAUCUUAGGAUUAUUUGAAUAAUUCUAGAAAGCUUUUUUAAGUAGUAAAAAGUUUGAUUGGUAUCAAAAAGAACAUGUAUAGAAUUUUAAUCAAACCUUAAACAGAGGAGCUGCAUGAUUUUUCUGAAAUAUCUCGAUUAUGUUGCGUAAAAGAUGUUUUAUUUGUAAAUGGAGAAUAAAGAGUGAUAGAGAAAUUUGAUUUAUCUUUAAUGGAAGAUCUAAUCUAUAUAACUGAUUCAAUUAAACAAUUGUUAUUACAGAAUCAAAUGAAAGCCAUAAACAGAAUGAGUGAUAAUGUAUUUGCUAUCAAAAUAUAUAAGAUUAGAAUUGAAUAAUAUGAAAUCAGAAAAUUAAAAGGAUAACUAGGCAUUAGAGAAUCAAAUCACUCAUUAUCAAUUGAAUCGUUGGCAAUGAAGAAAUUUUAACCACAUUUAGAAUUAAAAUAUAUUGAACAGAAAUUAGGCUAACUUAACUUUAUACCAAAAUAAGCCAGAGAAACAUCUGAAUUGCUUUGUGAUAUAGUAGAUAAAUUGAAUACAUGA